AUGCCACCCCUAAACCCCCACCGCCGAACAGACUCCCAUGCGUACCGCCCCUCAAUCCUUCCAAGCACAGGCCUCGGCCAAAGCCAAAGCACGAAUACACUGGGUAGCGGCAGCGCAGGCUCAGCAUCCAUGUCGGCAGCAAAACAACGCCAAUACGCGCACCUCCACUCCCAGCUCGCACAACUAAACGCCAACCUGGCAGACACGGAGAAUCUGCUCCGGAUGACGGCCGUGCAGGCCGGUGAUAUGCGAUUUCUGGGUGGGUAUGUGGGUGCCUUGUUUAUGGGGUCUGCGAGGGUUAUUGGGGAGGAAGGGGUUAAGGGGCAGGCGGAUGUUACCAGUGCUGGCGGUGGUGCUGGGAAGGGGAAGGAGGAGGGAGAGGUUAAGGUUGAGGAUAGUGAGGAGGAGUGA